AUGGCUUCUGAAUCGCGGUUAUAUUCUUUCUCCCCAGAGACAAAAGACAAGUUGCGCAAGUUUCGGUUGGGAACAUCGAGAGCAAAGGAUCCGCAGGCUAUUAUCUAUGUGAUUGAUUCAAAGAACCAAGAGAUCCGCCCCGACGAUGAUCAAAUCUACUCAAAGAUGGAAGAUGUGGCUGAUGAGCUCCCCGAGUCGUCUCCGCGGUUUAUCCUCCUCAGUUACCCGCUGACUUUGGGAUCUGGUCGGCUCUCAGUCCCCUACGUCCUCCUAUACUACCUCCCCGAGAAUUGUAACCCUUCGCUUCGAAUGCUCUAUGCCGGGGCAGUGGAAUUGAUGCGCAGUACGGCAGAGGUUAACCGGGUUCUGGAGGUGCAUGAGGAGGAUGAUAUCAUUUCGAUUGAGUCGAGACUCCAGGGGGACGAUUAG